AUGGUCCAGGACAUUGACUUUGAGUGGCAACAGGGUCUAGAAAGCGCCUUCGUUGCCAACAAACCCCUGUUUGCUGUCUCGGAGAUAACAGCUAAGCGUCCGAGAGCCUCAACACGAAUCAAUAACGAUCACGUACACAGCCGCGUCAUCCAACUACAGGCAGCAACCGUGCCGCACAUUGUCUCGUACCCGAAGGCCGACGAAGGCAACACACUCGGUCACGUCCGGCACCACCAGCUCUCCGGUAAAGAAGUCACCAACGAGAAGGAGGAGGUCGUGUCGGAGCCUAACACGAAACCGCCCUCCAAAGAAGGCAUCCCAGCACUGCAAAAGCCACAGGCACCGCAACUGCCAGAGUCUCCGCAACUUCCAAAGUCUUCGGAUGCCCCACCAGCAGGGACGACAACCGAUUCAAAUGGCGGGUUGGUUGCGCAGGGUUCCGCUACCUCUAUUUCAACGAAAACGCACAGCACGAUGCAGACUUCUGGAGGUGCUAUUGCGGGCAUCGUCGUGGGAGUUGCCUGUCUGGUCUUCAUCCUUGCUGCCUUCAUGACCAGGAGGCGGCGGGCAGGCAGCAAGCGCUUUUCAUUCCGCAAACGCGAUUCGACUUUCGAGAACUCGCGUGCAGUGUCCAUCACUUCGUCGAAACUCGAGCCGCCGGGGGAUUUCGGGAAACUCAAUAGCGGGCGGACUGAGAGUAAGAAGCCGAAUAUGAGUGGCCUCUUCACGGCGGCCCACGAUGAUCCGUUCACGGUUCGACACAUGCGCAAAGGCGGGAUUUGGGACGACCCGGUACUCGUUGCUUCCCGCAUUCCGCUCGAGGAGAUUCAGAUCAAGGAACUUAUUGCUCGCGGGGGCUUUGGUCAAGUCUUUACGGCGACGUACAAAGGGCAGACCGUAGCGGUGAAGACGUUGCUACCCGAGACUGCCAAGGACAUGGACGAGAUCAAUGCGUUGUAUGCAGAAAGCAAGAUCCUCGCCAAGCUGGACCACCCGUGUAUUGUCAGCUUUAUCGGAAUCGCGUGGGGUUCCCUUAGUACCGUUAGCUGUGUGACCGAGUACUUGGUGGGCGGGGACCUUCGUGCACUGCUGAACCACUUCUUAGCGAACCAAACGCGUCCGCAAGGGUUUGACCAUGACAAGGUCAAGAUUGCACUGAACAUUGCUCAAGGGCUGGCCUACUUGCACUCGCUCACGCCCAAUAUGCUGCAUCGCGACCUGAAAUCGCGCAAUGUGCUACUGACGUCGCAGUUGGAUGCGAAACUCACGGACUUUGGCGUGUCUCGUGAGCGAUCGGAGCUCAUGAUGACCAACGCCGUGGGCACUUCUCUUUGGAUGGCACCGGAGGUGAUGCUGGGCAGCCACUAUGACGGCAAAGCUGACGUGUUUUCCUUUGGCGUGCUAUUGAGCGAACUGGACACGCAUUUGAUGCCGUAUGCGAACGUGCGAAAUGCCAAUGGGCAAAAGCUGACGGAGAAUGGCAUUCUCCAGAAGACUUCCACGGGUCAACUACAGGUGGAGUUCUCCCGUGAUUGUCCACCUGAGCUUUUGAGAUUGGCCCACGCGUGUCUCGCUGUGAACCCGAACGAUCGCCCCACAGCGGCCGAAGCGCUGUAUAAAUUGCAAAGUGCGCUCACGUCGUUCGAAGUCGAGGAAGUGGCGCUGUAA